AGCUGAGACUCAGGGUCGUUUGUGUCAAUUUACCUUCUUUAGAGAACUCGAUCUUCUUCCCCUUUGCCAAAAUAACUGGAUCUUAUGUGCAACAGCCGUUGUUCCAUUCCUAUCUUUAACCCUUCCUCAUAAAAUUUUGAUGCUUCCUCAACGCAUAAGAGAACAAAAGCUCUCUCUAUUGUUAAAGCAGACCAAAUCUCUCUCAAAUCCUCUGCACGAGUCACGCACUAUAAUUAUACAAGUCUAUGUUUACAACUCAAAGGCACCCAGUAAUUGUUGACUGCUUGCAUAUUUCCCCAAAUUCACAGUACUACCAACUCCAACUACACCUAUGGCUGCCUCUAAGAGAUCAAAAAUGUGGUCUCUCAUAAGUGAGAUUGACCACACCAAAACCAGUUGGGCCUUAAGAGUUCGGGGGGUUCGGGUAUACAAAGUUGCAGCUCAUGCAAGGGGAGGCAACACUCUGGAAAUGGUGCUGCAUGAUGAGGAGGGUACUCGGAUUCACGCUGUGGUGAAACGCCCUCAGGUCGCUUUGUUUAGGCCUCAAGUUAUGGAAGACAAUGUUGAUGCCAUGAAAAAUUUCAUGGUGGUGGACAAUUACCAGCCGUACAAGACCACCUCUCACCGCGGUUUAAAAAGAAAUGUUGUUUCAAAUCACUAUUACAAUAGAUAUUAAACUAAAUAAUUAAAUAAAUAUUAAAAGAAUGUACACAUUUUGGUAUACACAGCAUGACUGCAAAGAUUAGCUUCAAAAAACAAUAACUAUUCCUAUAGAUAUAUACAUGUAUAUCUAUAUGGAUGAUAAGUAUGUUUAAAGACCAAGUGUUCAUAUAGGAAUUAGUAUGGCAG